AUGAGGGAGGAAGGGGAGAACGGAGCGACCGAGCGGCCGAGCGAACGACAGACCGACGCGCAGACCCCGGCCCACGUCAGCCCCGCCCCCCCAGGCCCGAUCCCUCCGCGGACCCCGGCGCGCCCACCGCGCGGCCCCGAGGCGCGAGCCCCAGGCCGGGCGCGCCGCGCGGACACUCACCUGCCCGCGGCCGCCCGGGAGCGGCAGCGCCACCCUCCCGCUUCAUCGUGCUCCCGGGGCCGCCAGCCGGGAAAGGGACGGGAGGCGCGAGCCGAAGGCGCUCGUGCGCUGCGCCCGCCGGGACUUGUAGUUCUAGGGUUCUCAAUGCCCGGCGAGCUGCAUCACGCGCCGCUCCUCAGAAACUACGACUUCCGGCGGCUCCGACGUCGCAGGGAGCAGUCCGGCCUGACGCCCUUCCGCCUCGGCGCCGUUCGCGUCUUUUGCCUCCUGCUUCCCCGCUCGUCACCCCCCACCGACCCGGGAAGUCGGAGCCUCCAGACCUCCGCUUCCCCGCAGGGCGGCGGGGGAGCCGCGGACGCCAGCCUGCUGGUGAGGCGGGAGCCCGGCGCGUCUGGAGCCUGCGCAGGAGAGCCAAGUGCCAGAGAUGCCAGCUGGCCCGCUGUGUCCCCACUUCUCCCCUUGGGGCAGGCAAACAAACCCCGGGCUCUCGGAGCACUCCCGGCUCAGCUGACAGCUGGUUAUGGGCAGCAGGACAAGCUGGCGCUUGAGAGCGGCAGGGCGCUCUCCCCCGCAGCUUCUGCCCGCUGGGCUGAAGCCCCAGGAUCCUUGGGAAAUCCACGUGAACGUUGCUAUAGAGACGGCAGAGAGGAGCCGCAGCAGCUCGGAAUUGGACCUCUACCCAGAAGAGAGAGGAAAGAGUCACCCCAGGAAACAGCUGACGUCAGGGGUGUGUUCGCCCCUCUCCCACGCCAGGUGCCUAGGGGCCACGCUGAGUGUCCUGCUCCCUCCAGGACACACCCCACACCCCACCUGCCGUGGGCUCACCUUUGUGACCCUGAGGCCCUCCUGGGCAAGUGGAAAGGCCCGCGUGAUUUGGGGCAGGGGAGCCUGUCAGCAACACAAAAGAACAGAUCUGGAGAGAGUGUCUUUUCCUGGCGUGGCUCCUACGUUUUCAACUGCUUCCUUCAUGAUUGGUCUACUUGGGCUUUUUAUUUCUGCUGGAAUCAGUUUUAAUAGUUUGUCUUGUUCUACUGUCUAAAUAUCAAAAGUUUA